GCCCCCUGCCAGCAAUUGGUUGCUUAAUGUGUACAGAAGUUAGCACGUUCAUGAGAUGACUGCCCUGAUAUAACAUUGCACUUCAAUUGACAUCAGCUUAUGAUGAGGAAACAGUUUCCCAGUUUUUUUUUCUUUAACUUAUUCCUAUUUUUAUUAUUUUGUGCCUGCAAUCAUAUCUCAUCCCAUCACUGUCAAUGUUUCUAAGUUAAUUUAUUCAAGUUCAUUUCACAUUUAUGGCAGGCAUCCAUCACCUUUGAAUUGGCAAAUCUGAUCGGCAAUACAUUUUUAGCACCACAAAAAGAGGGAUUCAAACCCUUCCACGUCCCCAUAACUCAUCCCUGUCUAAAUAAAAGUUGUUUUAUUACAGUAGUUUACUCUGUGAAGAGUAAAUGUCAUUAGGGUGCACAGGCAGGGGUCUAUUUUGGUGAGUUGUUCCAAUGGGUGCAGAAGCUAUAAAUCCGAAGCAUUUUCUGCUUUCCUCCGUCAAACGGUUUAUUCACACUCAUAUUCAGUCUUUUCUUCUUCUAGCAGAAAAACGAUCAAUGCAGAAAGUUGUCUGAUGCCAGAAGCCAAAUUCAAGGUCACCACUGCUCGUCCCCUGGGGUUGAUAAUGAGCGCCAUCUGUCGGCCACAUUUCACAAUUUCUUUCUUGGUUCUUCAUCCAAAAUUGAACAGACUGGACUGUCUGUCCAGGACUACAGGAACUCUGCAGGGAUUUGCUUCACAUAUUGAUGUGAUUGAUGAGGAACGGUAUGACACUGGAGUUAAGGCGGCCAAAAAUGAAAAAGAGGUUCUUCCCUGUGACCAAGUCGUCGGUCCAUCAUCCGAGAGCAAAAAGUUAUUUACAAGCCUAUUUCAAGGGAAAAACAAAGGCACAAACAUGUCUGAAAAUGUGUAAGUAUUGUUUUUAAUCUAUUUUUAUUUACAGUAUUUGUAUUUGUAUAUCUCACUUUUUCCUAUGUGUGUGCUUUAUG